AUGCGCGAGGAGAGUAGCCUGGACUUGAAAAUGCAGCAGCUGAGCUCGGAGUGCGGUGCCCAAACGCCAGCGUGGCAAUUGCUUUUGCAUUGUUUAGAGGUGCAAUUACGCGUGGUUGCACGUGAGAAAACGCAUUUGCAGACGGAUGCUGUAGAUUCGUUACAGCUCCGUUCAAUGCGCCAGCUUGCAGAUAUAACAGCAGCUGCAGUGGCGUUUUCUACUCCAAGUUCAUUGGCAUGGACUGUGGUAGAAGCACCAACUGACAAGCAGUUUGAGAGCGUUAUGACACGACUCAAUGGUCUGAUAUCAUGCCAUCGCUACCAGCUGCAAACGGGUGACUCCGAGGAAGCAACGGAUGCAGCAUUAGUUGGGACGCCAAUAUUGUGCCACGCGCGGUUGCUGACGUGUUUUGCAAUGAGGAUGAUGUGGAGACAAAGCAUAGCAACACCCAACGCUGAUGUAGUAGCUGAGCAACUACUCACUGAAGCAUUUUUCUCGGCGCGGAUAUUGUUCACAGCUCAGGUGCUGCAGUCACUUGCCUAUCUAUCACUGCAAGAUGGGCAGCAAUCAUCAACCAAUGAAGCAGAAAAUAGAAAAGAAGCAAAUGUCAAGAAUACAAUAGAGAUUCGUAACUUUGAGGGAGUGGAGUCGCUUUGCGACGCAUCUGCGUGGAUUUCGCUGAUGCUGGCGCGGUCUCGCUAA